AUGGACCUGGACGAUGCCGGAAAGGCUCAGAGGAUGAAGCAGCCGUUUUGGGUGCUUUAUCGGAGCUCAAAGGCAGUUCAGUGCCCACUCAAUGCCCCUAUUGUGCCCCUACCUGCUCUGUGUUCUCUCAGGUCGAAGCUGGGUCUGUUCCAGUCCCGGAUAAGUUUACAGAAGGCCAGUGUGAAGUUGAAAGCCAAGAGGAGCGAUUGUAACUCCAAAGCAACCCACGCGAGGAACGAGUAUCUUCUCACAUUGGCGGCUGCCAACGCACAUCACGACCGCUACUACCAGACCGACCUGGUCAACUGCAUCAAGGGUCUGGAGGGGAACAUAUACGAUCAUGUGAAGGAUUAUCUGAUAUCCUUUUGUCGGACCGAGCUGGAAGCGUUUCAAGCCGUCCACAGCACCUUCCAGUUCCUGCUGGAGAAGUCCAGUCGAGUGAUGCAGGACUUCAACCAGCAGCUGUUCCUGCAGGAGAACCCAGUGUUUCACAAAGCACAAGACUUCCAGUUCCAGCCCAGCGAUAGCGAUACAACUCUGAGCUCUGUGCAGAAGUUGGUGGACAUUGAGCCAUCGGCGGUCAGUGUGAUGAGAAUGACUCUGGCGCAGAGUCGACAGCUGGAAUCGGAGACGGGAACCACCGAAGAACACAGUCUCAACAAAGAAGCGAGGAAAUGGGCCACACGUGUGGCUCGCGAACACAAAAACAUCAUCCAUUACAAACGGGCUCUAGAGGAAUGCGAGACGCUCGGGACUCCGCCCACGGAACAGAGCCGGAAUGAGCUGGAAUUCCGAAUAGAGGAGGCCAAGGAGAGCAUCCGCAAAGCAGAGACGCUAAAGCUGAAAGCAGAAGCGUGUCUGGACCUCCUGCGGCAGGUGGGAGUUUCUGUGGACACGUGGCUGAAGAGCGCCUUGAACCAGGUGAUGGAAGAGCUGGAGAACGAGCGCUGGGCCUCGCUGCCCCCCCUCACCACCCACGACCUCUCUCUGUCGACCACGGUGGAUUUGGACAGAGAGGAAGGAGAAGAAUUAGAAGAGAACAUGGAGACGUACGACGACAGCAGCUCGAGUCCUUCAGGAACCCUGAGGAACUACCCGCUCACCUGCAAGGUGUUCUACUCAUACAAGGCCUCUCAGCCUGAUGAACUAACCAUCGAUGAGCAUGAGAUGUUGGAGGUUAUAGAAGAUGGAGACAUGGAGGACUGGGUGAAGGCGCGGAAUAAGUCCGGUCAGGUGGGCUACGUUCCAGAGAAGUACCUGCAGUUCCCCACAUCCAACAGCGUCCUGAGCAUGCUCCAGUCCCUCGCUGCUCUGGACGCACGCUCACACUCCUCCAGCAACUCCACUGAGCCUGAGCUGGCAUCAGGCAGCUUCAACGGAGACAGCAGCAUGAGUUUUGUCAAGGCCAUGUACGACUACGAGGGUCAGACGGAUGAUGAGCUGUCAUUCCCUGAGGGAGCCAUCAUCCGCAUCCUCAACAAGGACAACCAGGAGGACGACGGCUUCUGGGAGGGCGAGUUUAACGGACGAGUGGGCGUCUUUCCGUCCGUGCUGGUGGAGGACCUGACCGCCUCAGAGAACGGAGACACUCACUGGGGAACAGACACACAGGUGUCCCCGUGCCAAAGGCUUCAUUCAUCGCUUCCUCCUCUGCCGCUGUAUGAGCAGCCGCCCUGCAGUCCGUACACGAGCCCCGAGACCAGCAGCGCCCCCUCGCUACCCCGCUCGCCGUCUGUCAACGGAGAACUCAAACUGCCCAUCCCGCAGAAAGCUGCCGUUCAUAAUCACAAUUCCAGCUUGAGUCCAGAGAGCCCAGGCUUCUCUCAGCCGCUGAGACUCACUCCGGACGGAUCCGGCCCCGGAAAACUCAGACCUGUUCGGGCGGCACCUCCUCCUCCAAAGCAGCACGUGCGCCGACAGGUGGAGAAAACCGAAGAGGUGGAGAUCACGCUGGUGUAGAGCGCCGCCCUAGUGGACUGAGAACAAACCCCAUCUGACCUCUAACCCCUCCCACUCCUCACGGAGGGGGCGGGGCAUGUGUUACCCGCCCUAUGAGCAUCCUUAGAUCCCGAAGGGGCGGAGAACAGCAUCUCAAAGGCAUCCCUUUUCAUAAAAACAAACACCUCUUUUGGCGUCACAGACUGUUUGGUGCCUUAAACCGCUUUCAUGCCAAACUCUAAUCCUUGUAUUCGUAAUUACGUUAUCUUGCAACGGGAGCUUGUUUAAAACUUUGUUAAUCCACUCGAUGCCAGUUAAUUUUCACAAAAUUGAGGUUGAUGUGUAAGUGUGUGUCUAAAAACAUAGAAAGGAAUCAAGGGAUAGCGAGAGUUUUAAAGAGGCUACACUUUUUACGGCUUUAGAAGAGCCAAACAUGCGAUACUAGGAAUUGUGGGAUGAUACGGGAGUGAAAAAGGGGUCAGCCACGAAUAGUCCUACCAUUUACGUAUUUCAUAUGUAAUAGCACAGUACAUUACUGUCGUCAUAGGAAUGUUGUAUUCACGUUAAACAUCGCAGAUCAUAAUGGAGAAAGGGAACUACAUAAAAGGCUACAAGGAAAAAGAGUGGUAGAGGAGAACGAGGGUUAAAAAGAGAGGAAGGCUGGUUACUUCACUCGGUUUAGCUUCUUUCUGUCUUGUGUUGAUCUGAGAAAAGUACUAACAACAUAGCUAUAUCCUUUUCCUCAAAUUGUCAUUAUGAAAACCAGUGUUUGUAUGUAUUACUAAUAUUUAGUCCUCAGAAACACGCGACCUAAAGACGCGUCUGUGAGCGCGAGGCGGCGAAUAUUCUGCGUCUGCUCGGGCGGAACGUAAUCCUGGAAAUAUACCGAUCAAUAUACAAGUAUCAGUUAAAGUGCUUUUCCAGCCUAACGCAUUUCUCAUUGUCAUGUGUCGGCACUGUAGAGGGACUGAACGAAUGUGCUGUGUUUCUUUUAUGGCAGAGUUUAGGGUGAAUGUGAUGAGAAAGAUUCCCACCAACAAGCACAGAAAAGGUGGAUCAUCGUGGAGAUUUUUCUUUUUAAUUAUUGCCGACGAACGCAAACCUAUUAUCGUGUCCUAAGUGCAUUUCCUCCCUACAAGGGGCAGCUAUGUUUGUUUUUUUAAGAGUUUCUUUGUCUUUUUUUUUUGCAGUUGAAGAGACAUUUCAUUUUAAAUAAGCAAUGGCUGUAUGAUUUAUGAUUUUCAUUCAUUUCCACAGUAUUUUCAUGCAUAUCUUGAUCUUUUUCUGGAGUUUCAGUGCUUUGACCUCUUAA